UAUUUCUCUUCAACUACCCUCACUUCUUCGCCCAUGCUCAUUCUCUCUUAGCUUAUCUAUAUUCUGAUAUCUACAAAUCUGAAACUACUAUUUUUCUACGAUGGCAACCAUCUACGAUGAACCCACUGGCUGCAACUGCGAUAAUGAGUCCACCUAUGAUCAAUCAGCCAUAGACGCAGCAUGUAAACAAGCAUUACUGCUCGCAUCUGAGAAGAAAACAGUUGGAAAGGAUAAAUAUCCUCAUGCUUACAAUGACUACGAAAAGUUCACCUUCAUCCCCGCCGCCAAAAAGCCAUACCUCGAAUUUCCUAUUCUCUCCAACGGCGCAACAUAUACUGGUUCGCAUCCCACUUCUCCGGGUGCAGAUCGCAUCGUUAUUGGAAGCAUUGCAACCGAUUAUAAAUCUGCCGUUUUCUGUGCUGUGAUCACACAUGAUGGAAGUACUAAGAAUGGGUUUACUGAGUGUACGAAUACGGGAGAUAGUGGAGAGGGAGCUUAUGAAAGGAAAGACAGAGGAGAAGAGGGGAAGGAGGGAAGGGAAUUAUUGGAGAGGAUUGAUUUGUAGCUUCAAUGAGGAUAUGCACGGGUGUGACCUUGGACGUCCGAGUAAUAAAAGUUAUGCGGGUAGGUCUCUGGAAUGAUUACGGCAGUACGAAAUUGAAGGGCAAUUGAUGUAAAUAAAUAAGUAAAAUCGUUGCUGCAUAUCUCUAAAUUCGGACUCAGCAGAAUCUACUCGGUCGGCCAAUCCAAAUAUCAAAACCUGCAUUUAUAUCUCAUCUAUUCUAAUCCCACAUGGCCCGCACUA